GAGAGAACCCAUUGUUUAGGUUAUGGUGUGCUGUCUACAUUUAGUCCUGCUUAGGUCAUCCACAUUUUGUUCAUUCAUAAUGUGUCCAAAAUGUCACCCAAUAAUUUCGAGCACUGACCCAACAUCUUCAGUCAUACAGGAUUGCUGCUGUGCAAGUUCUAUUUAGAGAGUAGUCGUUUAAUCCCAAAAACCAUUCUAAAAAUCAGUGAUUUGUUAACUGACCCCAUCUCUUGAUGGAUUGACUUCAGUACUAACAGCUAUCAAUUUGCGGCACCAAGUACAUUUUGCUUUUGUAUUACCUAUCAAUCACGACUAAAAGCGUCCGUAGGUCAAACGUUACUAAUAAAUAGUCUAAAUCUCAUCUCCAACUAUCUGAAUCACUGAACAACGUAAACAUAAAAAAACAGGAAAAAGUCACUUAUGGUAGUUUAACCUCAACAAACUCUAAACAUACCUUUCGGCACCAUAUAUCACUUGUAAGCAAACGUAACCCAAAUAAGUGCAGCACGCAGGUAUAAUUUUAGUUACUGAUGGUAUUUUCAAACACGCUUAGGUAUAAAAAGCCAUUUAAUCAAUGUGUUCAGAGUUCUACAUCAAAUCAGUAGAACUAAAAGCGGUAUUUUGUGGGGUUGAGAUGAGCCAACUGCCGACUUCUCCGUAGUUUAACUCGGUUCUCAUAGUGUUUCCGUUCUGAUGGUCCAGAUCUGUUUGUACUGUCCUCUGCCGUAUUAGAAAAUGCAAGAUUCAUUGAUGUGUCUUAAUUGGACAUGGGAUGUGAGGGUAAAUCUAAUAUUUACACUGACUGUAAAUCCUCAGUUCCCAGGAUCAAACAUUGUUUUUUUGUCUGCUUGUACACGGAUGUUAUGAGCACUUUUCCUGGUUGUAUUUUCUUUUGGUUUGAUUGUAUUCCUUAGUAUCAUUGGUUUAAAAGAUCAUUUGCAAAGAUUUCGUUACUGGUAAGCUUUAUCCACAAGUAGUAGAUUAUCAAGAUCAUUGUCCUAAGAUUGUGCGACACCUUAAAAUCGGUGUUAGUACGUUACUCAAUUUAUUUUGAUUCACGUCUUUGUAAUUUCUUUUAUAUGGAUACUAUGAGAAAUAAAAAUACUGUGUAGUUUGAUCUUUACGUCAAAUAUCAGUCAAGUAACGCUGAAGGGAACAAGCUUAAGUUCUAUCUUUCCUAGUGUUAUUUCCAUUUAGUGCUUAAUUGUCUUUAGCGCAGUUGCUCAACCGUUCAACCUUCGGCAACCAAGUUCCGGAUUCAUACCUUACUCCGUUUUUGAGUUUUGGCUGGGUGUUAGUGUCAUUAUUCUUAUUUAAAUAGGGGCUCAGAACCAUGUAGAUAAAUCAUUAAGCAUAAUCGUACGUUUCGCAAAUAUAGAUACUGUGUUGCUAAUGUAUUGUCACUCAUUUCUAAGCGAAUGAAUCACCGUGCAAUUCCUUUGAGAAAAUAAUAAGCAAAUUUAACUUUAAUUCUUAUUCAAUCAGUUUUUGCACAUAUAAUUUCAUUACUAUGUUAGUCUGCAUGCACGACACAAACUUCAAUAACUCUAGAUGUGUUGAUUGGGAAAUUCGGAUUUGAAGUAAGAUAGGAUUUUAGGAACCAAUGAGUUCGUAUAGUAGCCUACACCUCUCAAGUACCCAUCUCUACCCACCCAAGUUUAAUACAGUAUCUUAAUUAAUCGAGCACUAUAGUAGUCGGUUAACAAUCUUCAGUUCUUUUUUGUUGUUGUUUAGUUGCAUAUAUCAUCCCAGGAGCACCUGCAACAAUGCUGACCCCUGCCUUACAGAUUGCACAAACACCUGCUUCACAUACAAUAAUUCCUACCGUGUCGCUACCAAACACUCAAAUCCUACCUACUCAGCCGACAAUACAACAUCCUAUUGGAGGUCUACCACAUCUUCCAGUCGAAAAUCUCCCCAUACCUAUUCUUCCAGAUGGAUCAGCUGUCCAAUCAGUACAUCCCAGUUUCAACCCACAAUCAUCCAUGACCUCUACCGGUACAGAACAACCAAUUGAUACCCCUGAAGUGGUUGACGUAACUCAGGUCAUUGCAUACAUUAACGAAGUGGGAUGGAGAAAAGUAGUUUUUCCCACAAGCCUUCGGGAGCAUCGUGCAGUCGCUGCUGCUAUAAAAGAUGCUCUAGGGUCAUCAAACAACGACUUAGCGGAUCUCACUGAAUCAGCGGUUAACAAAAAUGACUUGUCCAACCCGUCAUCUACCCAACCUCGUAGCGAUGAUGCGCCUACAAGACCAAUAAAAGCUGACGAUAUUAUCAUAGUUGAAGAUCGUGUGUUUUUUGUUCCGAAAAAUGUAAAUCGAACCAAGUUUCUAAAGUUCCUAUCGAAACUGGAUUAUAUUAAGCAUCAUGUCGAAUAUUACUUCAGUGAAAGCAAUCUACAACGUGAUUCCCACUUGCGUGCGAUACUAACUGCCAAUCAAGAUGUUUGCCCUCUAUCCGAGCUGUUACAGUUCAAUAGACUUCGCUGGGUGUCCGCUACUGAAUCCGAAUUGCUAGAUGCCGUUUCCAGCAGCAACGUCUUGUUGGUCGUGCUUUCCCCUGAUGGAUCACCAGCUGGAAUUACUCGAGUUUGUCCAACAUUGGUAAAACAUUUUAAUGAAGGCUGUCCUCCAUCCGUCGAGUUCGGCUAUGUGCGUCCUGUAAAUCAAGGUGUAAGUUUGGCAACUUCGGUUUCUGAUCAAAACACAAUUGUUGUGCAAGUAUCUUCAGCUUCUGGUCAAUCUCUUACACAUCCCAGUGUUGAUCCUUCAAAUCAAAACAUCUCAAUCCUGAGUCCGGUCUCAGCUCAUUCAUUUGGAAGUCAGGUUUCCGCAAACAGUAACAACGCCCCUUUUCCAUGUGCAACACAGGUUUUGGGAGUUUCGGGUCAAUCCAUGAGCUCCGUUCCUCAUAAUUCGCUUCCGAACUAUAUUCAAUCUUCCGCUCACGUCUUGACUCCGAACAAUUUCGGGAUUUUGACAAACACUUCACCAGGGAAUAUGAUAUAUUCUAGUUCUUCACCCUCGCAGCAGCACGCGUCAGUUACUUCUCCGUUCUACCAAUCCGACCUCGGUCCACAAUCUACAAUUAGACCAGCACAAGCUUUUCAUUGUCCACAACUUUACACUCAAAACCAAGCUGCUGCGUUUAUGGCCGCGGCUGCCAAUCAAUGUAGUUUGUUAGCAUCAGGACCCAGCACUACAGUUUUGCCUCCGUCAGACCCGAGUACUGCGUCCUUCAUAUCCGCAUUAUACCGCCUUGCCACUCCAGGUAGCCCGGCGCCUAUUGUUGGGACGUAUGUACCUUCCGUUGGAAAUCCUAACAACAUGUCUCCUGCUGCUCCCAAUUCAGCCGUGUUUCUCCAGUUUAUUCCAGGAGCUCAUCCUGGCCAAACUAACGCCUAUUUCGCGCCUCCAAUUAGUUGUCCGCCGGGCACAAACUCACUGUUAAGCCGUUCCGUUCCUGCACACGCUAGUGGAAUGUGGAUACCACUCAACCAAGGUUCUGGUGCGAACGGUGGUAUUGUUCCGACGCUUCCUUACCAAUCAUAUGUAGCACUAACUCAGGCUCAUCCGAGCCUAUCGCUUUCCAAUAAUCCGAGUGGUAACGGAGGGUUGUACGCUGUAACGUCUUCUCACUCAUUCCCAACAGCCUUUGGAACUGUCCCUACUUUAACUAUUGGUCCUGAUGUCUCUGGCUUUGGUGUUCAGAAAGUGUUCAGUCAUGCUCAUUCACUAAGCAGUCCACAUAGUUUCACAAAUCACCAAUCACCCGUUACUUCAAACGCGAACGUGACAGCAAUAAACACACCAACCGGACAUACUUCUCAAAUCAAUGUAAAUCAUAGUUCAGUUCCAGGUUCACAGCCAUCAAACAGUAACUUGGCUUUGGGUAAACGAAUACCUACAAACAACACUCAAACAUGAAUCUAAGUCUUUCCAUAAGAUUUUACCACAUCCCUUGCUACGUACAGUGUACAGUUCCCCUUGUCCACAGAUUCUUUAUAACCUUUUAUCCCUUAAUAGCUAGCGACAUUUCUAAAAUUUCAGACAGUUAUCUAUCAUCUCUUUGCACAGCUAUAGCAGUUGUCUAGUCACUAGUUCCUGCAUAUGCGAUAUCUGUACUCACAGUUUGUGCCUUGAAUCGUUUGUUUUUAACAUUUCGAAUUAUUUUUGUAAUUAAAAAUAUACGUACUUUCUUCCGAAGCUAACCUCCAAAUGGCAUACGUAGCUAAUAUCGGACAAGUUUUUACGGUUUGCUGCCUGUGAUAUAAAUCUUUAGGUUUUAUGACUUUCGUUCAGGCUGUGCCUGUCAUCCAUUCAUUUGUAGGUAUUUUAUUCGAACUCAGAGCUGGUUGUCUUUUAAAAUGUAGUCUUCAUAUUAAUUGAUGUAUUACUUCGGAUAUAAUCCACAAAAAGUGUAAAUGCUUUUAGUUCCCAUGUGUUCAUGCCCUAAGUGCACUUCAUCUGUCUUCCAGUGUAGUGGGGUGCAAACUCCCGAAAUUAAAUUAGGUUUCCUCAUUUCUCACUUCCUGACGUCACGUAGUAUAUUUAUCCAAUUGUAGUUUACCAUUAGUAAUUCUUGUUCAUUCCAUGAAUGCUGUCCAUUGUAAAUAUUACCUUUAUCAUUUAGUCUCGAAUGUCUACAUUAUCUUUUAUGUUUAUCUUACUGGUUUCGGUACCUAACACCUUGCUAACUAAUUUGUCGCAACAAAUCUUUAGUGUUUCCUAUUAUCUUCAAGCUUUCUUAUUCUCAUUUGUUAUUAUUCAGAUUCUUUAAAAAUAAACGUCCAAAAAAUGAUGUGUAUCCUG